AUGGCUCCUCAAAUUCUCCCAUUUAGGGAUGUCAACUUACAUGCAUCGCCGUCUCAUUAUGCAUUUACCUCCCCGUCCUCCCCCCAGGCACCAACGCUGGUUAUAGACCGGCCGACUGGUGACCUCCGCCUCAGCGAUGGUCUCUCCAUUUCUGGCACCAAACGCAUUUCCAGCAUUGCGGGGAUUUUGGGGAUAGUGAAGUUGAAGCUGGACAAGUACAUCAUCGUCAUCACCAAGGCACAGCCGAUGGGACGCCUGUGCGGCCAUAUGGUGUACAAGGUCGCUUCGACGGAAUUCCUUCCCAUGCGCGAACGCCCGCUCCACGAUACCGAUGAAGAUACCUAUCUCGCGUUGAUUAAAGACAUGCUGCGCACCGGGCCCAUGUACUUCUCCUACUCCCUGGACCUCACCAAUAGCUUCCAGCGCCAGUCGCAAAGUGCCUCUACUAUCCCCAUGUGGAAGCGUGCCGACGACCGCUUCUUCUGGAACCGCUUCAUUCAGUCAGACUUGAUCGACUUCAGUCUGGGAGAAUCUGACACGAGCGGCAUUCGCUAUGUCAAGGGAACGUCGUUCACAUUUGCGCUGAUCACUCGACGAUCCCGACACCGCGCCGGAACGAGAUAUUUCACCCGAGGAAUCGACGAGGAGGGCCAUGUCUCGAAUUAUAACGAAACAGAGCAAAUCGUCAUUUUGAAUGACGCGACAGGUGGACUCUCAGGCUUUGCUGGAGGGCAGUCGAUGACCAAUGGCAAAGCUAGCCAAGAUCUCCAGGUCUAUUCAUUUGUGCAAACCCGAGGCAGUGUGCCCGUUUUUUGGGCCGAAGUGAACGACCUCAAAUACACGCCUAAGCUCCAGGUCCGGGGUGUUGAUACCGCUGUCGAAGCCGCGCGCAAGCAUUUCUCUGAGCAGAUUCACCUGUAUGGAGAGAACUAUUUGGUCAAUCUGGUCAACCAGAAAGGCAGGGAGGAACGCGUCAAAAAGGCCUACGAGCAGCUGGUUCAAAUUCUCAUCUCUUCUUCCACCGAGACCACCGAGGCUGACCGUGCAACUUCCGAAAAGAUCCACACUUUGGAGCCAGGCCUCAAGCAGAAGGAGAUGGAUCAUCUUCACUAUGUUUACUUUGAUUUUCACAACGAGACCAAGGGCCUCAAAUGGCACCGCGCUGAACUUCUGAUGGGUCGUUUGCAGGACGGACUGACUAAAGGUGGCUACUUCCGAGGCAUUGAAUCUCCUGGAGUCCCCGGCGGACAGCUGGAAGCUCGAUCGACACAAAGCAGCGUGGUCCGGACCAACUGUAUGGAUUGCCUUGACCGCACCAACGUUGUGCAGAGCAUGCUUGGCCGCUGGGCGGUUACGCGACAGCUCAUGGAUGCUGGUGUCCUUCGUCAAGGCGAGUCGGCAAACGAUGACCGCGAGUUCGAAGACCUUUUCCGCAAUGUCUGGGCCGACAAUGCCGACGUGGUUUCCAAGUCCUAUUCCGGUACAGGCGCUUUGAAGACUGACUUCACUCGCACGGGCAAGCGCACUCGAGCUGGAGCUCUUCAGGAUUUGAGAAACUCCAUCACUCGCUACGUGCGCAACAAUUUCAUGGACGGUCCUCGCCAGGAUGGAUUCGAUGUAUUUUUGGGCGCCUAUCUCCCCUCGCACUCAGGCCCUGCGAACAUUCAGCUGUUCCUUGACAGACGCCCCCUGGUUAUCCAAGCCGUUCCUUACGUGUUCGCCGCGAGUCUGUUCUUGGUUCUCGUGGCCAUGCUCACACGACAACUACCCGAUGCUGCUGUCUGGCCCCUGCGCGUGUUCAUGAUAUUCUGGUUGGUAAUUGGCGCGUACUGCUUCCGCUUCAUUUACGGUCACGGUAUGCUCUAUGUCAACUGGCCCAAGUUGAACACUCCUGUUGCUGGCGCCGAGGGAUACCAGGAUGCUAUGAUCAAAGCCCGUUCCGACCCUAUUAUCGGAAACUGGCUUCCGAACAAAAGACAUCAGCGCGGCAUCAGCAAUGCCCGUCUCGUGUUCCUUGAGGAAGGCAAGACCAGGAUCGAAUGA